GAAGUACGUCAUCAAAGGCCGAUAACUCUAUUUAUAAUAUUAUGUCCCCUGAAAAUUAUUUCCCGCCAAUACUUCAAACGUAAACAUUGACCAGAUUAGUCUGUAUUUAACAUGAGUAAAUCAAAAGAAGCACAAGCUUCCAAGGCAGUGUUUGAUUACUUAAAUAAACAGAACAGACCUUACAGUGCUAUUGAUAUUUGUAACAAUUUACAUAAAGAACAUGGUAAAACUGCAAUAGUUAAAGCAUGUGAAGUUCUGACAGAAGAUGGUAAAAUUAAAGAAAAGCUCAAUGGUAAACAGAAAUGUUAUUUUGCUGACCAGUCACAAUUUCCAGAUGUGGAUGACAAUGAGAUAAAAGAAAUGGAUGUUGAAAUUGUCAAAUUAUCAGAACUUGUACAGAGUAAACAAGAAGAAAACAAGAAACUUGAGACAGAGCUGAGAAGUUUGAAUAGUUCUAUAUCUACAGAAGAUGCAGAGAAAGAAGUUAAUUCACUCAAUGAAGAUUGUGAAAGGUGUAAAGAAAAGUUAUCUAGCCUAAAAGGAGGAGCUGUACAGAUAUCACCUGCAGAAAAAGACAGGAUAUAUAAGAUGAGAGAGAAGUUUGUUAAAGAAUGGAGGAAGAGAAAAAGACUGACAAAUGAUGUAUUAGGUGCAAUCCUGGAAGGAUAUCCCAAAACAAAGAAACAGUUAUAUGAGGAUGUUGGAAUAGAGACAGAUGAAGAUUUACAUGUGACAGUGCCAGAAAUUUGAUAUUAUUUUAACUUCUUUUAUUGUUAAAUUAUUAAAAUAGAUUCCUUAACAGAA